AUGGCCCUGUAUUGCUGGGGCGACGCCUCACACUGUCAAUUGGGACUUGGUGGCAUCGAUAAUGAGCAGAUCCUUGCACCUAGUCAGAUAGAGUUCGCCGGUGCAACAGAUUGCCUGCGGACAUCGCCACACGCUCUUCCUGCGGAAACAACGAUCACCACCAGCUUGGCCACGAUUCCGAUACCUGAGCUGCAGGCCUAUGUUGUCAUCCAGAUUGCCUGUGGCAGCCGCCAUUCCAUGGCCCUCACCGAAUGGGGCCAGAUCCUGAGCUGCGGCGACAACGAUUGCGGACAGGUGGGCCAUUUCACCGAUAACGAUGUCAUUGAGCUGUCAAAGAUCUUGUGCUUUCUAGUGUCCAAAAGAUUGGUGGUGGUGGUGCAGAUUGCGUGCGGCAACAAUCACAGUCUGGCACUCACGAGCUGUGACGAACUCUACUCCUGGGGCUACAACAUCUAUGGCCAGCUGGGCGUCCAGUCGCCCAAAGAUCUGCCGCACUUCAAUGCCCCUGUGCAGCUGACGACCAUCUUGGGCACCCCACUGGCCACCAUCGCAUGUGGGGGCAACCAUUCUUUCCUCAUCUCCAAGUCCAGUGCAGUGUUCGGCUGGGGCAAGAACACUUGCGGCCAGCUGGGGCUCAAUGAUGAGCAGAGUCGUGCGUAUCCCUCGCAACUGAAGACAAUGCGCACGCUGGGCGUGAGAUUCGUGCCCUGCGGUAACGAGUAUUCCGUGUGCCUCACCAACGAGGGAGGCGUCUUCACCUGCGGUGCUGGCAACUACGGCCAGCUGGGGCAUGGCGUCAGCUACAACGAGAUGAUACCCCGCAUGGUCAUGGAACUGAUGGGCAGCACCAUCACCCAGAUGGCCUGCGGCAAUCGGCACACGCUCGCGCUGUCCAUGGAGGUGAUCUUCAAGAGUCAGGCGUGCCUGAACGGCUCGUUUCUGCUCUCGAACGACGAGCAUUUUGACUGCUCUGCACGCAAUUAUGGACUAGAUCUGAAGGCCGCCGAGGUGGCAUUCGAUCAUCUACGAAGUGUGGAGAAUGAGAGCAUAAAGCAGGUGCUGGCCCAAACGCCAGUGGAUUACUUCGAGCGCCUGGUUAACAUAUUUCUGCACGUGGUGAUUCACAUCAUCAGCUUCUAA